GCAGAUGCUUCUCACAGCAACCUGCUGUGGAUUACUCCCCUGAGAACUAAUGUGCUGUGACAGACCCCACUUUUCCAAUCAAUAACUCGCCCUAAAUCUGCCAUCUCUCUGCCUGCCAAACACACUCCCACUUCUAAUGGCACAUCAUUUUCUUUAAGGGGGUGUAAUUGCAGACUGUGGAAAGCUGUAGCCCUUUGUGUUCCAGCUACGUCGCUACUGUAAAGGAAUCUGAAGUACAGACGCCACUGCAGCCCACGGCCGACACAGGAAGUGAUGGGGGCUUUCACACCGUGCUCGGUCUCACCACGGUUUCCAUCACAUCUCCUUUUGAGAAAGGAGCAUUCACUUCCCUGUUUUGUGCAGUUAGAGCAAAGUGCUCAGAUAAAUCGCGGCGCCGCUUCGUGAACCUGUUGGUGCAAGUCUGAUAAGAUGUUUGUGUGAUUUCUGUGAUUUCAGUCGCGUAUGGACACUUGAGUGAAUAUUUCCACAUCAUGUUCAAAAUUUCAGUAUGAAGCUGGAUCUAAACAGCUCCAACAUGUCUGUGGGCUCCAGUGCUGAGAGGCCAGAGCAGGGGCCGGUGGAGUACCGCCUGGCCGGUCUCAUCUUCUACUGCUUCAUCUUCAUCGUCGGAGUCAUCGUCAAUAUCACUGCCCUGUGGGUCUUCUCUCUUACCACCAAGAGGAGGAACUCGGUCACUGUCUACAUGAUAAACGUGGCGAUGGUGGACCUCACCUUCAUCCUGCUGCUUCCCUUCAGGAUGGUCUACCACCACCAGGACUACUGGCCCUUCGGAGAUAUCUUCUGCCGGGUCAUGUCCGCUCUCACCAUCUUCUACCCCUGCAUCGCUCUUUGGCUGUUUGCUCUGAUCAGCGCCGACCGCUACAUGGCUAUCGUGCAGCCAAGGCAUGGCAAGGAGCUGAGGAACGUCCCCAAGGCCGUGGUGGCGUGUUUGGGGGUGUGGCUCAUGACUUUGGGCUGCACUGUCCCCCUGCUCUUCUCCGACCACGACCCCGAUCAAAUCUCCAACUUCACCACCUGCGUGAAGAUGCAGGACAUCGUCUACUUACGCCACGACAAUGCUGUCAACUUUGUGCGACUCAUCUUCUUCUUCCUGGUUCCCAUCUGUAUAAUGAUAGGCUGCUACGUCGUCAUCGUGGACAAUCUGAUCCACGGCCGCACCUCGAAACUCAAACCUAAAGUGAAGCAGAAGUCCAUCCGGAUCAUCAUCACGCUCAUCAUCCAGGUGCUGGUGUGUUUCGUGCCUUUCCACGUGUGUUUGCUGCUCCGUUUCAUGGGGAAGGGCCAAGAUGGCGGGUUCAGCACGUGGGCGGUGUUCACCACAUUCCUGAUGAACAUGAGCACCGUGCUGGACAUUAUUCUGUAUUACAUCGUCUCCAAACAGUUCCAGGACCGAGUGAUCAGUGUGAUCCUGUACAGGAACUAUCUGCGCAGUGUGAGACGGAAGAGCCGGCACACGAUGAGCAACAUGACCAGUGCCAUGACAUGAAGCGGCCGUCGAACACCGCACAUGUAUGUGUUCUGUGGAUUCCCUCAGCCAAAUGUAACACUGCAUGUAUCGCCCCAGUAUAGUUCAUUAUCCAAAGGAUCAAAACUUGCAAUUAAUUUCCGAGGUGUGAUUUACACUCACAGUAUGGGAGUGCUGCUGUUGUGGCAAAAACAUCUGUGUUCGGAGCUGAUUGACUCACCCAUGAGACUUGAGAUGUUUUUUUUGUGCAGCUCUGCUCUGGCAGACACAGCGUCGGAGUGAGUGGCUCAGGUGUAACAAAUGCAAGCGGAAAUAAAGCCGGUGAUGGUUUAGAUAAAAGCCCCCCCACACAGUAUCUCAGUGUUUGGUCUGACUCUGUGAAUAGAUACUGAAACCCUCCUCAGCCUCUUCACUAUGUCACCUGACAACCAAAGAGGGUCUGACAGCCUCCACAGCAGCCUACAGGAAACAAUGGUGGGUUCUUGUUUGAUCUCUUCCUGCUUGGUCUGUACACCAUGUUUUUUGUUUUAUCUUCAGUGUUGCAUCAUGGCCGUGGAGUAAAUAUAACCCUAUCAAAUCUAUAAUUGCACAUACAUAUUUAGAGUUGCUGAAUUUAUUGACCAGGUGAUGGCAGCAUGGCACAGCGAGAUCCCAUCUCUCUGCCAGAGCAGGAUUGACGAGGAGAGGGCUGGAUCCUUCUGUGUCUUGUGCAGAGUUACUUCUCCCGUUUUGGUUUCUGCAUGUUGUUACAUCUCAAACGUCUUCACGAGAGCAAAUCUUUCGUUUCUCUCUCGAUGCCGUCGACGCCUAAAAGAGAAGUUAACUACAUCCGUAACGGCUCCCUCAACCAGGACUGAAGUGUGUUUAUGGUGCACUGCGAAUCAUAUUGAUUAGAUGCUAAAUGAUUCAGUCACUUGAAGUGCAUUUACAGUAACAUCCUCAAGAGAUGUCAGUGAGGUUAUCUGCUAGAUUUAGAGCAACCUCCACCUUAAGAGAGAAAACUCUUUCCUGCACCGGGAUGCUUUCAUGUCGGGUCUCAGGAGUUAGAAGCAAGAUUCUGAAAUAUCAGUUUAUCUAGCUACUAAUGUACAAUCAGGUUUAUGAAUGAGGAAUGUGCAUCUCGCCCUUGAUUUGUGUAUUGAUAAUGUCCCUUGUGCAGUUCUGAAUUUGGUGCCAUUUGGACCUGUGAUUUGUUCAAUAUUAAUAAAGAAAAGGAUAAACAGCUGACCAGCGUUCCUCAAAUGACAGAAGAGCUAACAUGUACUGAAUGGGUGACGUUUUUUCUUUGUAAAAAAAACACUCAUGUUUGAAUGUGACGGCUCUGAUACGUGUCACGCACCAACAUCUCAGGAGCUAAGAAUUGAUUUGGUGUUUCCAAUUUCUAAAAUAAUCAACUUAGUGUGUCUGAGCAACACAGUCCUAACUGGAUUAGACAGUGAGUCAGUGGAGCUGAGUAACUGCGUAGUGUCUCAGACAAUUAGGAAGCCGCCGUGUCGGUGGUGUUUCUUAAAGUGAGUCUGGUUUUAUUCGUGUUAAACUCUCACGUCUUUACAAGCAGUUAAAUUCCCACAGAGAUAAGUCAGUGUGCCGCAGCGGUAAAGGGACAAACUGCACUGAGAGUCCAUAUGUUUCCUGAUUGGUUCACCCAAUGUUCAUAUGCAAGAAAUGACCAGGGCACACAGAGGAAGUAGAUUUACAUCGCGUUUAACUGGGACGAGGCAGACUCCGAUGUUUCCAUCUCACACGGAAUUCUGGGAAGUGCAGUUCAUCACGCGAUGAUAGCUUUAUUGGCCGGCGGACUGCGAGUGGAUUGAUGACCGGGGGGUCAAAGGUCAAAUGAAACAUCAGAGGGUCAUCUAUCUGUCCCACCUGUUAGACAUCAAAGAAAAACCAGCCGCGCCGCUCACAGCAACUGGCAUUUAAAACAAUUAAGUUUCCUGUCAAGUCCCUGUGAUGAAUUAUCCGGAAGCUUUACCAGCUGUAAUUCUAAAUCUUCCCAACAAGUGCCUUUGUUGUAGAGAAAUUAAUGAAAACAAGAUUGUCUUUCAUAGGAGCUGAUCUAACAGCGCGGCAGCCAGCUGCUCUUCUUUGGGAAUAAAAAACAGUCAGCAUUAAGCACAGCUCAGACAAAAUACUUUUUUUCUUUUUUCUCCCCUACCACUCGUGUGGAAAACAAAUCAGGCGGCGAGCACAGUGGCCAUCUGUUUUGUUAUUUGAUAUGUGUGAAUACAUGUUGUAAUGACUUUGUUUGUGAAUCACUCUGCGCGGCAGAACACACGAGAGCUCUCGAAGUGCUGGAGUGUUCAAAGCUAAUCAUAUAAUUGGACACAAUAGUCGAUGACAAAUGGAGACGCUCGGAGCCAGCCAGCUGGGGAAGUGAAUAUGUAAUCAUUGUAAAAUCAUAUCAUUUUUGCAUAUUUGAAGACAGCUUAAUAGAGUUUGCAUGUCAGUACACUAUCAAAUAAUGAUGACAGUGUGUCGCUGCAUUUGCUUUUCUGAUUUGUUGGACUAUUACUUUCCUAUUAAACGCGAUUCUAAAGA